GCUUCCCCACGUGCUCAAACUCAAGUCAAUGUAGGCAGUCACAAAUUAACCUUGCCUACUUUUGUCUAUUGAGAUAGGUAGUACUACAUAAUUAUCACAUUCACCAUUUGUCAGAAACACAUGUUAUUUGACCCUUUCAAGAAUUAACUUGUCAAACCUUCGUCGCAAUGCUCCUGAAGACAGUUCAUGUGGUUCAGACGGCCCUCGCCGCAUAUGGCGCGAUGCAAUGCCAAGUCGCCAUCACCAGACUAAUAGAGUACGAGGACGCCACCAAGAAGCUCGCCAAAAUCUCCAGCGAGGUUCAGCGCCAGUUACAUAAGACGCGCACGACGCAGGCUGCAGGCGCCAUCGCCAUCCUCUCCUCCUUCACUGUUUCUGUGUUGCUGACCAUCGGAGGGGCUUCGUACGGCAUGCUUGUGCGGUAUCUGGCAUCACCUGUGCUGGCAGUUGGUGUCUAUGCUGCCAGAGCGUAUCUAUUGGACUUCUGGGGCAAAGAUGAUAAACCUGUUACCGCCAACAAGGUACCGUUGCCAAAAAUGGAAGGGUAUAAUGAGGCGUUGGAAAAAACUCAGAAGACGCUGGAGGUUUUAGGCUGGUUGACGAUAAGUUGGCUUUUCAGCUCGGCUUUGGUGUUGAUUGAAGGAUACUAGGGGGUGGUCGCCUGCUGCGGAACAGAGAAACAGAUGCUGAUAUGGCCUUUGCUCAUUUGCAGAGGCUAAUGAGACCAUAUAACGGUUUUCGACGACCUAAUCCCAUCUGUUCGGCUCCAGUGGGGAUGGCAUUCAGAGAGCAUCGAGAACCCAGCCACGCUCUCUCCCUUUACUUCUCGGAAUCAGUUUCUACACUGAAUCCUAGCAAAUCAUUGCCAGCUUGCUUAAGCUUGCUUAAGCUUAAGCUGAUGAGCUGGGUAGCUGCGAUUGGGAUCGGGUCACAUAUCAGAAUCUACGCAGCCCGUCACAAAUGAUCGUAGACUUCUGGAGCAAAACCUUACUGUGUAAAAUGUGUCCACCAGAUACUGCGACGAUAAGCUACUCAGCCGUUUCGGAUACAUAAACAACACCUACCCUUCGCCUUAACGGGCGAAAGGGUACAAGAGCAGUAACAAGGGCAGCAGGGAUGAUAUGGAAUAACAUUUAGUUGCUGGAACCGUAGAUGUAUUGUCGUUCCUAGCAGAACAACAAUACUCAACUCUUAGUCAAUAAUAGCCACACUGGGUUGGCGCAAAGACGCUGCUGUUGGCUAUGAAGUAUGUAUAUAGCAGCUCUUUCUUACCAAGCGAUUAUUCCUAUUAGAAAUUGGCC